AUGGAAGAAGCAAAAAGACUUUUAGAUAUACUUCUGGCAAGAAGAGCAGCAGCCAAAAAGGCCACCACAGUAAAGAGUCAGGAGGAAAGGACCAGCCUGGAGUCUGAAAGUGAACUCUCAGAUGGCUCUGAAGUGGAUGACGAGAUUACAGAGCCUGGAGAUGAUGAGUCUGACAGCUUUGAAAUGGAUGAAGAUAGUGACUAUUAAAUAUAACCUGUCACUCCUUAAUCAGUUUUAUUUAAUAUUGUCUUUAAAUAGACCUAAACAUUCAAAAUACACUAUCACAUAUUAACUGGAAAUAGGUAGUUAAAGUAGUUGGAAAAACAAGAGCCCCCCCCCUACGUAACCUCAAAAAUUUUAAAGCCCCCCCUUGCCGCACUAAAUUUUUUCUAAUGCCCCCCCUCAGAAUCUUUACUCCCCCCCCUUGUCAUAUUAAAUGAACAUUCCCUUACUGUCGUCAUCAAUAUUGUAGCCAGUGUACAGACUAUAUUUCGGUUAUACUGUCCGUGAAAAUUCGUGACAUUGCUUGCGACCCACGACAGCGCUACGCAGAUCUGGGUAUUUGAUUCUGAUUGGUCAUAGUUAAAGUUAAUAGAUUUUGAUUGGCUGAGUUCAAAGGUCAACAAAGUUCGGACCGUGAAUUUCAUCUGAAGGUAACGCAAACAAAUCAGAUCACGCUCAGGAAUUGCCGUUAUUCUCAACUCCUUGUUGCAUUUCAUUUGUUCAGUUGGAUAUACAUAUUAAUCUGCAACACCUCAGAAACAUUUUUCAUCGAAAAUUUAGUAGUUUGAAGCAUACAGAGAAGUAAAAUUUACAAUGAACAUCAAGUGUCAAGAAAAUAUUAUUUCGAUUCGAAAAUCAAAGUCCAAAGUUCAUUGAUAUUUUAGCCCAGCCAAUCAGAACCCACUAUGUUAAGUCAUGAGUAGUGUUGCUGGGGCUGGACAUUACAGCAUAAUGUAGUCUGUAUACAGGCCCCCAGAACCCCUUGGCUGCGAAGGACCACCCAAUAGUAUGACUAAACCAUUGGCCUCAACCUCGCCACUAGUCAGAGAGUUUCAGUCUUCAGGUAUCCAUUUUUUCUCCAGACAUCUCCUCGACAAAAGAAGAAAGUGACCAUUUUAAUUAACUUUGGGGAUGGGGAAAAAUAACCCUACUACAUGCACACCUGUUGGUACCCCCUCCAAAUAUUGAGGGUAGUAAAGGGGAGGUGGUUCGGAUCAUGUUUCACUUAAAGAAAAACAGCUAUCGGUUUCACGUUUCACUGGUAAAAUAUUUAAAAAUUCUAUCUUGAGUACUUCAUGCCUUUCUAAAUUCGUUAGCUUAUCUGUCAUUACUUUUUCUGUGUUGGUGUUGUGUACUCAGGUGAAUAUAAUGUUUGCGAUGCUACUCUGAGUGUAUAUCCACACGGGGCGAGCUUGAAAAACAUGCCCGUCCACAGUGGAAAUAGAACCUACGACCUUUGGAAUACUAACCCAAUGCUCUGCCAACUGAGCUACGCGGUCAGGACGGUUCGAGUAAGUGAUAUUUCGGAACAGAAUCUAGUUCCUUCGAUACCAAUGUAAUCUAGUAAUAUGAAUUUUUCUGUGUUGGUGUUGUGUACUCAGGUGAAUAUAAUGUUUGCGAUGCUACUCUGAGUGUAUAUCCACACGAGUUAUUCACCUAGACAACACCAACACAGAAAAAAUCAUAUUACUAGAUUUCAUUGGUAUCGAAGGAACUAGAUUCUGUUUCGAAAUAUGACUUACUCGAACCAUCCUGACCGCGUAGCUCAGUUGGCAGAGCAUUGGGUUAGUAUUCCAAAGGUCGUAGGUUCGAUUCCCACUGUGGCCGGGCAUGUUUUUCAAGCUCGCCCCGUGUGGAUAUACACUCAGAGUAGCAUCACAAACAUUAUCUGUCAUUGUAUUUUAAAACCAACCGAUAUAUCUAUCCAAAAUCAAGAAAAUACAUGCAUGCAGUAAGAUUGUUACAUCCAAAGUAUUGCUUUUCUUCACGUUCGCACUUCUCACUAUUCGUCCAGUCUUUGUUCUACCGGCCUCAAAUAAAUUCUCCUUUCCUGGACCGAAAUUUCCGGCAUUCGUGGCUCACGGCUAGGCAUCUAAAUCACGUUUCACGACAUAAAAAUCCGUCAUUUCAAGAGAACAAAUAUUGGCAACUCACGAAAACACUUUUUACUACCCUCAAUAUUGGGGCAUGCGCUUAUAUACAUGGGCAGGGGAGGAGCAGCCGCCCCCAGUAAAAAUGUAACGUAAGUUGGGCAAAAAGAUGGGGAAAAUAAAUUUGAAAACAACUUAAACAAGAAAUAUGUGAGAUAAUAGUCGAAAAUGGAAGAACUUUUAAAGAUAAUAAUCGAAAAUGCAAGAAAUAUAUAUAAAUUUUAGCCUCUUCGAAACACUUUCUAAAAUGCCAAAAAGUUGGGCAAGUUUCUUUUGUGCCCCCCUAAUUUUCCCCUAAUUUUGAGGUCGCACAAAAGAAUCUGACCUUCGCAUCUUGGUCGGAUUAAGACUCUGUUUUAAUUUUUUAUAGCUUCGGCUUGGAACUUGCUGACGGACAACUUGAUCACGUGUGUUUCACACGGGAUUGGUCUAGCGGACAUUUCAAAGUGUACAAGAACGGUGUUUUGGGGAAAACUAUGGCGGUCGUUAAGAAUGAACAAGAAAUCGAAGCUGGUGGAACAUGGGUAAUCGGUCAAGAUCAAGAUUCACUUGGAGGUGGUUUGAAACCAGAGAUUCCUAUAAGGGUAACUUGA